AUGAAAAAAAGUGAUAUUUGUAAAGGCUGGUCCAUGUUAAAGUGGGUCCAUCAAAAGAAAAAGGCCGAAAAGACAAAAUACGUGGCAAAUAGCCAAAAACAGAAACAUGAAGAGGAGAAAUCUGCGCCUAUUAGAGCUCUCAUUCUCUUUCUCUUUCACUUUCUCUCUCUUCUCUCUCUCCUUACUUCAAACAACAAAAACCCAACCAGAGCAGACCCAGAGCCAAAGGUAGAGAGAGAAGAGCACAAGGGGAGAAGUGACCUUCUUUCCUUUCUUCCUAGAUCACCUCUUUGCUAUUCGCAGUGUUCAGUGUUCACUGUUUCAGUCGCUCCGCCUCCUGCCUCCUCUGCUCGUGGCUUCUCCGGUGUCUCUCCCUCUCCUCCAGUGGCUUGCUCUCUCUCCGCAGCUCGGCGCUCCUCCGGUCGUCUUCCCUCUCUCUCCGAGCCUCUCAAAUAUGGUUCAUUGUGGGUGGGUAUCUGUUUGUUGGGCCUAACUGGUGUUGUAACAUCUGAAGAUAGUACUAAAUGGGUACUACUAAGCGACCCACCCAGUACUCCUACGGAAUUCCAAGGGUCCUGGCCAUUCUGUGGAUUAACAAGUUUACGUAACAGGGUUAAGCUUCACGAACCAGGCUCCCCAAACUAUAUAGAUGCUAAAAAAGACUUAGACGAUGCAAUUGCUGAAAUAGAGCGUGAGAAUGACAAUUUUGCUCGUAUUGCCAAUAUUCUGCUUAACAACAAUACUAGGUCCCAAUUACCCCAAUUCAACAAAACCAAGAAUAUUAAAUACUCUCACCUCAACAAUUGCUAUCAUUCACUAAUGGAUAUUUAUAUAGAAUAUUGUGGGCGCAUAACAUUUUAUGCAUCGGCACGUCGGAACGAAAUUGACAACAUGUGCGAUGCCCGAGUAACUGAGUUUGAAAUGACUCAGGCUUCAAUUCAAAUUUGUUCAACUUCAUCAUCUCCAUCGUACAAUGUUAUGUUUUAGUAUGUACGCCUAUAUAUACACAAUAACAACGUCGUGGUAUAUUAAUUAUCUAUGCAUAAUGUUUGAUUUUUCAUUA